GACUCACCCGGAAGGAGAAGCCGGGGUCGGGCUAUAGGGUUCGGUGCUGGUGGUGUCGCUGUAGAGAGCUGCUGCUGCUGCUCUCAGGAGCCAGCCCGGAUCAUUUGUUGGCAGUACAUAUUGGCUGAAGUCAGUUUUCAUUUCAAGAUGUUCUCUUCACAUGUGCUUUUGGUGUAGGAUGUUGGAGAACCAAGAGCCGGAGGAGGUGAUCACAGUUCGAGUUCAGGACCCCAGGGUGCAGAAUGAAGGCUCCUGGAACUCUUACGUGGAUUACAAGAUAUUCCUCCAUACGAACAGCAAGGCCUUUACUGCCAAGACCUCCUGUGUGCGCCGGCGCUACCGUGAGUUUGUGUGGCUGAGGAAGCAGCUACAGAGGAACGCGGGCUUGGUACCUGUACCAGAACUUCCUGGGAAGUCCACUUUCUUUGGCGGCUCUGAUGAGUUUAUUGAGAAGCGACGUCAAGGUCUCCAGCAUUUCCUGGAAAAGGUCCUGCAGAGCGUGGUUCUUCUGUCAGACAGUCAGUUGCAUCUUUUCCUCCAAAGCCAGCUCUCCGUGCCCGAGAUUGAAGCCUGUGUCCAGGGCCGGGGCUCCAUGACUGUGUCUGACGCCAUUCUUUCCUAUGCUAUGUCGAACUGUGGCUGGGCCCAGGAGGAGAGGCAGAGCUCCUCUCACCUGGCUAAAGGAGACCAACUUAACAGUUGCUGCUUUCUUCCAAGAUCGGGGAGGAGAAGCUCCCCUUCGCCGCCUCUGAGUGACGAGAAGGACCACUUAGAAACGUGGGCUCCAGUGAUCGACUCUGAGGGCCCGUCCUUAGAAAGCCCCAUGCUGCCACCCAGCUCCUCACCAGCCUGCUGCGAUCCUGCAAGACCUGAUGAGGGACUCUCUGUGUCCCAGCCUGCAGGCAGGGCUGUGGCAGGGGACCAUGCUGUGCCUUUGGAUCCUGGUCAGCUAGACACAGCGUGGGGAAGGUGAGCUGUGGCUGCUCUCCAUGUUCUCCUGCGUGGCAGAGACGGUGCAGGCCGCAGUCACAUUCAGGUGGGAUUGGGGACAGGGCAGGUGUAGGGGAAGUCAGGCCAUUGAGCGUCUUCCAGUCAGAUCUACUCAGGUUUGUUAUGCAGAGGUUGUGGCUGCCCGCUAUAUCUCUCCCUGGGAAAAACGCCACACUGGAGUUUGUGAGUUAAACACAGGGCCCACAAGCUGUUGGCUUUAAAUAGAACUGUAUUUACUUUCCCAGGAGGUGAGAUUCUUCAGGUGUUUGUUUAAAGAGAACUGCCAUGGGUGAAUGGUUGGGGAACCCCUUCAUGACAGAUUUUUAGCUGCCAUAUUGAACAUUGUCCCAACAGAAAGUUUCUAUUGUUCUCUUCCCUGCUUGGCAGACUUCAGUUUUUGCUCCAGCCCCUGGAGCAUCUUGGCUGUGGGAGGCUGACCUCUUGCCUGCCUGCCUUCUUGUGUGGACAGAGUGCUAAAGAUGUGUUCCCCACCUCCUUGCCUUUCAGUAAAUGGCCCUGAUGUGACUGUUUGCUGAGGUUUCCAGCAUCUUCCAAGACCUUGCCUGGUUGAGUGGGGCCUAAGAUCUUGCAGGCAGUUAAAGCCUGUUCAGGCAAAGUGGUGGGCCACAGCUAGAGGGAAAGGAACGGGUCGGAGGUGGCUCUGGGCUGCCCAUCUUCUGCUUAGAAAGCAGAGCUGGUGUUUCUGCAGGGUUAAAGUGGUUUCCCUUUUUUAGAUCCUUUUCCUCUUUUAAUAACAACUCCUUGCCCCUAGGGCUUUGACUGCUAGGCCUUCUGCUGCUGUCCUGGGAAGCCGAAGUUCAGUCAGUGGGGCACACAGGCUUUGUUUCAGCCUGGAAGUGAGGGCUCUGGGGAUGGAGAUAAGGAGCCAUGAGCUGUCUGUCCUUCAGACAGUGCGAUUCCUGUCUCCUGCUGCUGAAAUCAGCUCUGCAGAGAACAGGGGCUGCUAGCUGGAGUACUAGGGUGGGCUGUGUGCCCAGCUCACCUUGUUGCUGCUGCUGCUCUGUUCUUGGUUUGUGUGUGUUUCUCUCCCUCUGGGCACCCACCCCAGUUGUGGGGUCUACCCCAGGUGUGGUACUACUGGCCUGCAUUGCGGGAUUGUCAUGGCAUUUAGUUCAGAGUUGAGGGGCUUUGGCCUGAAAUAAAAUGCAAGUAUUUAAGACUGUUGUUGCAAUUUGUGUCUAACAAGCUGUAGCAGGGAAGGAGGGAGUGAGAGCUGGCAGGAGUUACUUUCAUAAAUCAUAAAUUUAUCAGUGUGGAAAUACCGCUGUAGAACUGUGCGCGGAGCUCUCCUGCCUUGCGUGUGAGACUCAAGUUCACCACUGCAGGAGGGACGGUUUUCCAGAGAGCUAGGAUGCAGAUCUUCUCACAGAUCUGGGCAUGAACCUUGUUAGGUAUAAUUUACCUGAUGUUGCUUCCAUCUUCGAAGCCUGUCUGAGGUGCCAGGUGCUAAAAGAGAAAUAAAGUUUGUCAACAGGCA